AUGGACGCAGAGAAAUCAGCUGUUGUGGAAACAUCGUCUGUGUCGGCAAAGUCGCCAGAUAGCUAUCUCUCCGGCUGGCAGCUUGCCGCUGUCAUUUUCUCGCUCUUUCUUGGGGUGUUUGUCGUCUCCUUGGAUACGAGCAUCAUCGGAGUGGUUAUCCCGUCCAUCUCGUCUCAUUUCCACGCCCUGGACGAUGCUGCCUGGUAUGGCAGUGCAUAUUUACUCACUAUUACGGCCUUUCAGCCACUCAUGGGAAGCAUGUACAAGUUCUUCAAAGUGGAGCUCGUCUUCCAAAUUUGCCUUGUGGUGUUUGAAGUGGGCUCAAUCCUGUGCGCUGCGGCCACAAACUCGGCCAUGUUCAUCGUCGGUCGCGCUAUUGCUGGCACUGGGGCAGCUGGUAUCCUCCAAGGUGCCCUGAGCAUUAUCGCGAUAACGGUUGUCUUGGAGAAGCGACCGCUCUAUCAGGGCAUCGUGAUCAGCGUCUUUGUAAUUUCCGUCUGUGUUGGCCCUGUAUUGGGUGGCGCCUUUACCACCCACGGUAUCUGGCGUUGGUGUUUCUGGAUUAAUGUUCCCAUCGGCGGUGUGACACUGAUUUUGCUUUUAUUCGUCCUCCGAAUUCGUAAUGCCGCGAAUGACAACCGAUCUCUGCCACUAAAGGUGAAGUUGCAACAUAUGGAUCCUAUCGGCUGCGUAGUCUUCAUCGGCGCGGUCUGCUGUCUCCUUUUGGCACUUCAAUGGGGAGGACAGACGAAGCCUUGGCACUCUGCCACCAUCAUAGGGCUCUUUGUCGGGUUUGGCCUACUGUCAAUACUUUUCGUCGGAAUUCAAGUUUGGCGGAAAGAACGGGCGUUAAUUCCACUACGUGUCCUCCGUCAGCGGUCGAUAUGGACGAGCGGAGGGGUGCUCUUUUGCCUAGGCUCGGCCACCUACGCUGUCACGUACUACAUGCCGUAUUACUUCCAAGCCGUGCAGGGUGCGGAUGCUGUCCACAGUGGAGUAGACCUCAUCGCGGUGUUUAUACCUCAGAUGCUCGCCGUAAUUGUGACCUCUGCCCUUGUCACUCAAUGGGGGUAUUAUGUUCCGUACAUGAUCGUCGGCGAGCUGAUCUGCAUUGCUGGAACUGUGUUGCUCACCAGGCUCAAGGUUGAGUCGUCCACUGUAUAUUGGGCGGCCGCUUUGGUUGUUCAUGGACUGGGGAUGGGACUAGCAAUGCAGCUGCCUUACACGGCUGUGAACGUGGUACUACACGAGGACGACGUCCCGACCGGAAAUGCUAUCGCUGUGUUUGUAUGGCAACUAGGAGGGGCCCUAUCAAUAGCCAUCUCUCAAACAAUUUCCCUGAACAACAUUCUCCGCGAGGUACCCCGACAGAUUCCCGAACUUUCCCCCGAGCGAGUGAUGUCUUGGGGCGCGUCAAAUCUCGAGGUACUCGCCCCCACUGCCGACGCUUUAAUUGAGCUUCGCAGCAUCUGGUGCACGUCCGUCUCGCAUGUCAUGAUUUUUGCACUAGCCUGUAUUUGUGCGUCUGUGCUUUUUACCGCUGGGAUGGAGUGGCUUAAUGCCAAGAAGGUUGCAAAUCAGAGGCGGGAGGCCGGCGGAGGGGGAGGCCAGACGGGUGUUGGCCUAGUCUAG